AGCUUAGUAAGCAGCCGCCCUCCUCGCCAUCGUGACAGCCUCCCGUAGAAAUAAUUCCUGCCUGACUCCGGUUGACUUUUUUUUUCACCUCCGAACGAAACAUUUCCUGACGCCGCCACCGGCCACGCUGCCAGGAAAGACGGGGAGUGAGACGCAGACAAACCAAGACGCUACACAUACCUGUCCGUGUGGCAUGUGACAUCCAGAGAGCGACUUGUAACGCGAAGGAAAACUGGUCGGCGAGACGCUCCGACCUGUAGAAGGAUAAAGAGCUCUCCGCUGGUUCUUGGUCUCCCGCCGCGACCGAUAUGGAGCGGCUGUGCGGACCAGACCUCCCCUUCUGGGUAGCCAAUGAGACGUUCCACACAGAUCAGCCCAACCUCCCAGAGUGUUUUCAGCUCUCUGUCCUGUCAUGGCUGCCAAGCAUCUACCUGUGGGCUGUCAGCCCGAUCUACCUCUUCUAUCUCAAGAGGAACAACAAAGGGUACAUCAUGAUGUCCAUUAUGAACAGGUUCAAAACGGUGUUUGGUUUGUUGCUGUGGAUUGUGUGCUGGGCAGAUCUCUUCUACACAUUCCAUGAGCUGCGGCAGGGACUCAGCCAGCCACCCAUCUAUUUUAUCACUCCGCUGGUGCUCGGCAUGACCAUGUUGUUGGCCACGUUUCUGAUCCAGUUUGAGAGGUUACGUGGGGUUCAGUCCUCAGGGGUCCUUCUUAUCUUCUGGUUCCUGUCUGUGCUGUGUGCCAUCGUGCCUUUCCGCUCCAAGAUCCUACAGGCCUCCAGUCAGAGUGAAGUCACAGACAAGCUUCGAUUCACCACGUUUUACUUCUACUUCGGUAUGGUGGUCUGUGAGCUGAUCCUGUGCUGCUUCAAUGAGAAGCCUCCUCUUUUCUCCAAUGUUGUCACUGAUCCUAAUCCCUGCCCUGAAUCCACUGCAGGUUUUCUCUCCAAAUUGACGUUUUGGUGGUUUACAAGUCUGGCCAUUAAAGGCUACAAAAUGCCCCUAGAAUCCAAAGAUCUGUGGUCUCUGAAUCACCGUGACACCUCCAAAGUGAUGGUGCCCAAACUGCUCAAAGAGUGGGAGAAGGAGCAGGCCAAGGCCAAGAGCCAUUGCGAACAGAGUCUGUCGAGUCAAGCUGCGUACUCCAAGCCCCCACCAUCGACCACCAACCACACUGCAGGAGGAGGAGAUGAAAGCAGCCCAGAGGAAGUAGAGGUACUACUGUCCAAUCAGAAGUCUGCUCCCCGCCAGCCAUCCUUCCUACGUGCCCUCAUCAAAGCCUUUGGACCCUACUUUCUGAUUGGCUCGGCCUACAAGCUCCUGCAGGAUAUUAUCACCUUUGUCAACCCUCAGCUUCUAAGGCUGCUGAUUGCAUUCACAAAACAGAAGGGUGCUCCUGAUUGGUGGGGUUACACACUGGCCAUGGCCAUGUUCUUCACAGCCUUGCUGCAGACUCUCAUUCUCCAUCAUCAGUUUCAGUACUGUUUUGUCGCUGGAAUGAAUGUUCGCACAGCUGUCAUUGGCGCUAUCUACAGGAAGUCACUGGUGAUAACUAAUGCCGCCAAGCGUUCAUCUACAGUGGGAGAGGUAGUCAACCUGAUGUCUGUGGAUGCACAGAGGUUCAUGGACCUCACCGCCUUCCUCAACAUGCUGUGGUCUGCUCCUCUUCAGAUUAUGCUGGCACUCUAUUUCCUCUGGCAGAACCUCGGUCCCUCUGUGCUUGCUGGAGUAGCAGUCAUGGUCAUGCUGAUCCCUUUUAAUGCUGUCAUUGCCAUGAAGACACGAGCCUACCAGGUAGAACAAAUGCAGUACAAGGACGCUCGCAUCAAGCUAAUGAAUGAGAUCCUGAACGGCAUCAAAGUCCUCAAGCUGUAUGCCUGGGAGAACUCCUUCAAAGAAAAGGUCUUGGCUAUUCGUCAGAAGGAGCUCAAUGUGCUUCGCAAGACAGCCUAUCUGGGAGCGCUGUCCACCAUGGCCUGGACCAGUGCACCUUUCCUGGUUGCCUUGACAACAUUUGCCGUGUAUGUGACUGUAGAUGAGAACAACGUGCUGGAUGCAGAAAAGGCCUUUGUGUCGCUCUCACUCUUUAACAUCCUCAGGUUUCCUCUCAACAUGCUUCCUCAAGUCAUCAGCAGCAUGGUGCAGGCCAGUGUGUCACUGAAGCGUGUCCAAAAUUUCCUGAGUCAUGAUGAGCUGGAUCCAGAUUCAGUAGACAGAAAGAGCUCAGCCACAGAAUUUUCUGUGACAGUUGCCAAUGGGAAAUUCACCUGGGCUAAAGAAGAUCCUCCUGUUCUGCACAACAUUAACGUGAUGGUGCCUCAAGGCUCCCUGCUGGCUGUGGUGGGCCAUGUUGGCUGUGGAAAGUCCUCCCUGAUCUCUGCACUGCUGGGGGAAAUGGAAAAAGUGGAGGGAGAUGUUUCUAUUCGGGGAUCAGUGGCUUAUGUACCACAGCAGGCCUGGAUACAGAAUGCCACCCUGCGGGACAACAUCCUAUUUGGGAGGCCUUACAACGAGCAGAAGUAUCGCUGUGUUCUGGACGCCUGUGCCUUGACUCCGGACCUCCAAGUCCUACCUGGAGGAGACAUGACUGAGAUAGGAGAGAAAGGCAUCAACCUCUCCGGUGGUCAGAGGCAGAGGGUGAGCCUGGCUCGAGCUCUGUACAGUGAUGCUGAUGUUUACCUAUUGGACGACCCACUAUCCGCUGUAGAUGCCCACGUGUCCAAACACAUCUUUGACAACCUCAUUGGCCCAGAGGGGGUACUGAAGGGCAAGACACGCAUUCUGGUAACACACGGCAUCAGCUUCCUGCCUCAGGUGGAUAACAUAAUGGUGAUGGUGGAUGGCCGGGUGUCAGAGAUGGGUUCAUAUCAGGAGUUGCUCAAACAGAACGGAGCCUUUGCAGAGUUUCUCAGGAACUACUCUUUCGAUGACAUUGUAGAGGAGGAUGAGGCCACUGAGGAUUUACUCGAAGAUCAGGAACUUUUCCCUGACGAUGCUCUUAGCAACCAUGCAGACAUGGUGGACAACGAACCAGUGAUCAAUGAAGCUAAGAGAAAUUUUAUGAGGCAGAUAAGCAUUAUAUCUGCGGAUGGAGAGAACCCCAGAUCCCGUUCAGUAAGGAGACAAUUCUGCAGCCAAAGGAGACAUUCAGAGACACAAGAGAAGAAGAAACCACCUGAGGCAGAGAAACUCAUCCAGGCAGAGACGGCAGAAACAGGCAGGGUGAAAACUAAAGUGUACCUGGAGUAUGCCAAAGCGGUGGGACCGCUGCUGUCGGUGUUAAUCUGCUUUCUGUAUGGCUGUCAAAGUGCAGCUGCAAUCGGAGCAAACAUCUGGCUUAGCCAGUGGACCAACGAUGCCUCGAGAAAUCAGACCCAGGAGAAUGUUCAUAUGAGGGUGGGGGUGUACGCAGCACUGGGCAUUGCGCAAGGUGUGCUGUUGUUGGUUAACUGCCUGUUGUGCCGGGCCUACAGUAUGCUGCGGGCAGCCAAGCUCACACACCAGAACAUGCUUCAGGGGGUCCUGCGAGCUCCGCAGGCCUUCUUCGAGAGCACCCCCACUGGGCGGUUACUAAACCGCUUCAGCAAAGACGUUGAUGCUAUAGACUCCCACAUCCCAGACAAUAUUGACAUAUGGAUGCGCACUUUCUGGUACACACUGAAUGUGCUGCUCAUAUGCUCUGCCCUCACCCCAAUGUUCCUCAUAGUCAUAGCCCCGUUAAUGGUGUUCUAUUGGUGGGUUCAGAGAUUUUACGUUGCCACAUCUCGGCAGCUAAAGCGUCUGGAGUCAGUCAGCCGCUCUCCCAUAUACUCCCAUUUCUCUGAGACCAUCACUGGCUCUAGUGUAAUUCGAGCCUAUGGCAGACACAAUGCCUUUGUACUGAUGAAUGAUAUGAAAGUGGAUGAGAACCAAAAGAGUCACUUCCCUGGUAUAGUGUCCAACAGGUGGCUCGGAGUGCGUAUCGAGUUCAUUGGAAACUGCAUUGUGUUGUUUGCUGCUCUGUUUGCUGUGACUGGAAAGGAUAAUCUGAACCCAGGCCUUGUGGGUCUGUCAGUGUCCUACGCUCUGCAGGUGACCAUGUCUUUGAACUGGAUGGUGCGGAUGACUUCAGAUCUGGAGAACAACAUUGUAGCAGUGGAGAGGGUGAAGGAAUACUCUGAGACCAAGACUGAGGCCCCUUGGGAGGUGGAGGACAAGAAGCCCCCUUCUGAAUGGCCCAUGCAGGGGAAUGUGGAGUUCAACGACUACAGCGUUCGAUACCGAGAAGGACUGGACCUUGUCUUGAAGAACAUCACGCUGAAAGUCAAAGGAGGAGAGAAGAUUGGUAUAGUUGGCCGUACAGGGGCUGGCAAGUCCUCCAUGACGCUCUGCCUCUUCAGGUUGUUGGAAGCAGCAGCAGGAGAGAUCACUAUUGACGAUGUGAAGAUAGCUGAGAUAGGCCUGCAUGACCUAAGGUCCAAACUCACCAUCAUCCCACAGGAGCCGGUGCUUUUCUCUGGGACACUGAGGAUGAACCUGGACCCUUUUGAAAAAUACGCUGAUGAAGAUGUGUGGAAAGCUCUGGAACAUUCUCACCUUCAAAAGUUUGUCAGCAAUCAGCCCGCAAAACUGGAGCUGGAGUGUUCGGAGGGAGGAGAGAACCUCAGUGUGGGCCAGAGGCAGUUGGUGUGUUUGGCUCGAGCUCUCCUGAGGAAAACGAGGAUCCUCAUCCUGGAUGAAGCUACUGCUGCUAUCGACCUGGAGACAGACGAUCUCAUCCAGUCCACUAUAAGGACUCAGUUUGAAGACUGCACCGUCUUCACCAUCGCACACAGGCUCAACACAAUCAUGGAUUACACAAGAGUGCUGGUGUUGGACAAGGGACAGAUAGCUGAGUUUGACACUCCUACAAGCCUCUUAUCACAGAGAGGAAUCUUCUACGGCAUGGCUAAAGAUGCAGGACUGGCCCAGUAGAACCGCUUUCUGGUCUUGAUGUCACAAACUCUGACUGAGGAUCAGCUUAGUUCACAGUCUCACUCUUUUAAACCUUUUAAACUUUUAAACCUGGCAGUGGAACUGAAGAGUACUUUUUAUGUGCACGUGUUCUUUUUUCAGGACACUUAUUGCUCUUGUUGAAUGAAGCCUGAAUUCCUUUGCAGAUUUGGGUCAGUUAGCAGUUGCAAGGAGUUUUAGUGUUUGUCAGAAGCCACUUCAGGUCAUUUACAUGCUCUUUGUUGUGGCUGUAUUGUCCUGCAUGGAAUCCCUGCCCAUGUGUUUUGUGUCUAAAUAGAAAAAAAGCCAUACACGCAAAUGCUGCUUGAUCCAAGUCUGCUCUUUAGUGCCUUCUGCCAGUGGGAUAAAAAAUAAGCCAGUGAAUGUAUCAUUUUGUAAUUGGCUGUCUGCUGCAAAAAAAAACAACAAAAAAAGGAGGAACUUUUUUUAUUUUAUUUUUUCUACAAAGAAUACUGUGCCAUUGUACCUUCCUCACAAGAAAAUACUACAGUUUUGUGAUAAACCCACUUAUUUUUGUACUGUAACAUUAUUUAAGCUACUUUUUAAAGAACUGUCUCAUUUAGGGAAGUUUGCUCAGUUAAAUAUGUGAUUCUUCUGUGAACCAAAUCUAUAAAAACUUGAAUUCUGUACCACCAAAAUAUGAGAUAUGAUAAUGCCUUUAUUAAAAAAAGAAGAAGGACA